AUGUUCUUCUCGUCCUUGGCGAUCACGGACUGCAGAUCGGCCAGCUGUUGCUGCUUGCCCAGGACGCCCGCCUUGGCCUUCUGCAGGCUGCGCUCCUGGAUGUCGAGCCGCAGGGAGCUCCUGUUGAAGCUUGGCCUGCUCGGCUGCCAAUGCCAGGGCCGUGGCCACGCAUGCAGGCCCGCUGCAGGACCUUGCCGUACAGAGCUCCUUGCCGAUCUCGCCAAACCAGACUCGCGCCCCGCGGUGUGCGUCGUCCGCGGGGGCGUCUACGUCCGCAGCCUCGCGGCCCGAAGGCAGGCCUUGACGGUCCUGGGCGAGCUUCUCCUCCAGCUGCUUGACAUUCGCAAGGACGUGCUGGAAUUCAGGAGCUGGCGGCGGGCGGCCGCCCCCCGGCUUGUUCCAGGGAGGCGGCCUGCCCGAGCCAGCGGCGACGGCCUUGGCUGA